AUGGAAAUCUUAUUGAAACUGUUUACAUGGAGCAACCUGCAGGUUUCGUUGACGCAAAAUUUCCUCAUCAUGUGUGUCAACUUCAAAAAGCUCUCUAUGGUCUCAAACAAGCACCCCGUGCUUGGUUUCAACGUCUCAGUAAUUUCUUGCUUACCAAAGGAUUUUUUUGUACCAAAGCAGAUACUUCCCUUUUUUAUCUUCAAACGAGGGAACGCCAUCAUCUAUCUUCUCGUCUAUGUAGACGAUAUUAUUAUUACUGUCAGUGAUACUACUCUCAUUCAAUCGUUUGUUACUAGCUUGCACAAUGAAUUCUCAGUAAAGGAUUUAGGUGCUCUUGGCUAUUUCUUGGGUCUUGAGGUCACCUACAUAGAAAAUGAUCUUUUUCUCAGCCAAGCUAAAUACACUCAUGACAUCUUGGCUCGUGCAGGCUUGCUUGAUUCAAAACCGGUUGAUACUCCAUUAGCUGCCUCAGAGUGUUUUCUUAGCAAAGGUGAACCUUUUCAUGAUCCCACUCUUUAUCGAUCAUUGGUUGGAGCUCUACAGUAUCUCACUAUUACGCGUCCUGAUCUUUCUUAUGAUGUCAAUCAAGCCAGUCAGUAUCUGCAGUCACCUACCACUUCUCAUUUUCAAUCGGUCAAACGUAUUCUACGCUAUGUUAAGGGCACAAUCUCCUUUGGUUUAACCUUUUCUAAACCGACUUUGACCACCUUAGUUGGGUAUUCUGAUGCUGACUGA